CGGGGCGCGGGCUGACUGAAGUGCUAACUAACUGCAAUCUCCUUACUCCUUCCUUCGAACUUAACUGCAGGCUGCAUCGACUGCCGCUGCUGCUUGUGUCCAGUUCACUUUUUAUUUAGUUGCUAUUUUUUUUACGAACGAGGAUAACAAUUUAAAUAUAAUAUCGAAUUACGUUGAUUUAACGUUCGCGAUAAUUUGUGACAGAGAGCUCUACACGACAUUCAUCAUUCAACGUGCCGCUUAGAAUUUAACACUCUGUGUGUACUGUGUAUCCCCAUGUAUAAUAAACACCUACGUAAUCCAAUAUUGUCGACCAUAUCUGUUACCCGGCUGGCCGCAGUAAUUCAAUUGCCCGUACCGGUUGUACAUAAUAUGAUCAAUGUCGUCGUAAAAAAUAUCCAUAUUAAUUAUCGUCAAUUAUAAUAUUAUCUAAAACGUUUGCAUGUUUAUUUACGCGAAGGAAUACUUUAAUAUAAAAAAAAAAAGUUCAAUUUCACAAUUCACUAUGUUAUUGUAACGAGUCAUAAACAAACAACUUACACAGUAGGUAAUUUCUUUUAUCAAUUGAUUUUAACAAAUUAUAAAAUACUUUGUUGUCAAAAAUGGAAUAUUUACUAUCAAAGUUUCGUAAAAAAGAUCCAAUAAAAGAAGUUACUUUUGAGGACCUACAAGCUGUUCUUUUACGUACCCAACCUCCUCCUAAAAAAAAAAAUUUAUCAACAUGUGAUUAUAAUGAAAUUUGUCCAAAAGUUUAUGUUGGAGAUUGGAACACCGCUAAAAAUCUUAAUUUAUUGCUGUCACUGGGUAUUACACAUGUAGUAAAUGCAGCCCAAGGUGUUGGGUUUGGUAUGGUUGAUACAAAUGAACAGUUUUAUCGUCCAUUUAAUAUUCAAUACAUGGGAUUGGCUUUGUGUGAUGAUCCUAGUGUUGCAAUAAAUGAAUAUUUUGAUAGCGUAUCAAAUUUUAUAGAUGACGCUCUAUCUCAAAAAGGUAAAGUUUUGGUUCAUUGCAUAAUGGGCAUUUCAAGAUCUGCAACAAUUACAAUCGCUUAUUUAAUGAUAAAAAAAGGAUUAAGAGCUAAGGAAGCGGUGGAAAAAGUAAAAAAAGCAAGAGAUAUACGACCUAACGAUGGAUUUCUUAAGCAACUAGCUCAACUUGACAAUGACAGAAUACAUAAUAAUAAUAUUUAACAUUGAUGAUGUAAACAUAUGAUAAAAUAAAAAUACAUUGAAUUAUUUUCAUGUCA